CCUGCACACUUUCUCACGCACGCACGCAUACUCAAAGCAGAACGCCAGAGCCCACUCCUUAAGACACAUACAUCAUCUUCUCUCUCUCCCUCUCUCUCUCUCUCUCUCUCUCUGUGGCUAUGGAUAUGAUAAGGGCCUUAGCAGAGAGAAAGAAAGAAAGAGAGAGAGAGAGAUAGAGAGAGCAGAAGACGACAGAGUCACAGAGCAGAGAAAAACAGAGAUUUUUCCAGCCAUAUCAUACCUUAUUAUAUCGGCCUUUCUUCUCUGCCACUCAGAUUCAUCAAAUCCCCAUGAACAAAAAAAAAAUCCAUAUAACACACAUUUCCUUUUCUCUCAAAAACCCAAAAAUCCCAAAACCCCCAGGCCAAACCCCUUACCAAACUAGUUACGAAAACGAAGUUCUAUUUACCUCGCUUUAUUUAACAUACAUCCUUUCAAAAAUCUUGUCCAAGAGAAUUGUUAAUGAACCUCCGUCUAAUAUUUAUACUUUUGGUUUCUCUAGGCGUUGUGCAAUGUGGAUCGUCAUGGAUAUUCUGAAGCCCUAGAAAUUGAAAAGAGUAUUCAACUGGGUUUUCUCAUUCUUGGGUUGCAGAAGUGUCCUAUAGUUUAAUUUCUCUCCUGAUUCACUUUUUGCUUUUCUUUUCUUAUUUUACUAGGGCAUAUAGUUCUUUGUAGCUUUUGUUUGUUUGUUUUCUUUCCAAGCUGCAAAAGCAUGAACUUCAAUCACUUUGACAAUGGUGAUGCUCAUUUACCUCCUGGCUUUCGUUUCCACCCUACUGAUGAGGAACUCAUAACCUAUUACCUACUGAAGAAGGUGCUCGACAGCAGUUUCACUGGUAGAGCUAUUGCUGAAGUGGACCUCAACAAAUGCGAGCCAUGGGAGCUCCCUGAGAAGGCAAAGAUGGGAGAAAAAGAGUGGUACUUCUUUAGCCUUCGUGACCGGAAAUAUCCGACGGGUCUUCGAACUAACAGAGCCACUGAAGCUGGGUAUUGGAAAGCUACUGGGAAAGACAGGGAGAUUUACAGCUCCAAGACUUGCUCGCUUGUGGGAAUGAAGAAGACCCUGGUGUUUUACAGAGGUAGAGCUCCUAAAGGAGAGAAGAGCAAUUGGGUUAUGCAUGAAUACCGUCUUGAAGGCAAAUUUGCUUACCAUUAUCUCUCUCGGAGCUCCAAGGACGAGUGGGUGAUAUCCCGUGUGUUCCAGAAAAGCGGCUCGGGUAACGGCUCUACAACGAACAAUGGCGGCGGCGGCGGUGGCGGAUCGAAAAAGACAAGGUUGAUGAGCUCUUCCGGUUCCGUUAGUUUAUUUCCAGAACCGAGUUCACCAUCUUCGCUCUCGCUCCCGCCACUACUGGAUUCCUCCCCAUACCAAACCAAUUCCACCACCACCACAAACAACAACAACAACAACAACAACAACAAUGCCUCGGCUACUCUCACCGACCGUGAUAACUGCUCGUACGACAGUCCCAAACCGAAUGAGCACGUGUCCUGUUUCUCCACCAUUGCCACCAACGGCAAUUUCAACUUGAACUUCGACAUUCCUCCUCCUCCUCCUCAGCCUCAGCCGCCGAUGUUCGAUCCCUCGUCCUCCUUGUCGUCUCGGUUCUCCCGAAACGUGAAUGGAGUAUCGGCUUUCCCGAGCCUGAGGUCUCUGCAAGAGAAUCUUUACCUGCCUUUUUUUCCUUCUGAUAUCCACAUUCCCGCCGGAAUCGGAGGUGGGAUUGAAAUCGUCGACUGCGACUCCACCGUCAAUUGGCCGCCGCCGCAGCCGCCGGAGGAAUCGUCCAGGCAUUUGGGAUCUUCCGAGUUUGAAUGCAUGUGGUCUUACUGAUUUUUCGGGUUUCCGUUUAUGGGCUUGGGGACUUUUGAAAAUGACGGAUAUGUUACUGUGGAGUAUUAAUUAUUAUUAUCAUUAUUAGUAGCAGCAGUAGUGGUGGUAAGGUUGUUUUGGUAUUAUCCAUGUUUUUUUUUUUUUUAAAAAAAAGAUUGAAACUGGUAUUAUCUACGUUUCUUAUGUAUUGUUAUUAGUUGAGGUUAUCAUCUGGCCUUAAAUAUUUUUACUCUGCUUGGAAAGUGACUGGACUACUAUUUAGCUUUCAAUAUGUUAUGUUGGGGGAAGUAAUUGAGUACUGUUUUCUCAGUCCCCUCUUUUUGGUACUGUAUUUGGUCUUGCUUAAUAUUAAUCAGGCAGACGUU